UAAAGCUAUAAACGAAUUGCCUUGUACGGUUGUGUGGUAGUUAAAGCCAAAUUCCUAUUGAUCAAUUCAUCCACUUUUAUUUGUCGGCAAUUUUUUUUAUUUCUUGCUGUUGCAUAUGCGACAUAAUUGUAGUAGUAUUUUCAAUACCAAUACCAUAAAAAUAUACACUUCUGCGCAUAUCUACAGCUGUAUAAACCGCCAUAUCUGCGGUUUACUGACUGGUGUUGCUCAAACCGGUCACCGAAAUAAUCGAUCGUAACUAACCGAUCAGCAAAGUCAUGAUCUACUUUUCUGUAACACACAUCGCCACACACAUACAUUCUCAAUUGGCUCAUACUCUGCAGAAAAAAAAUAGAUAAUUUGACGUAAGGACUAGUUCGAUAACUUAUGAAUAUGCCAUUGUUUUCAAACUAGUACAAAAUGGAUGCACACUGCAAAUGGUCAAACACCUAUCAAAGAGUGAAUGUGAGAGUCACAUGCAUAUACAUGCAUAUUAGGUAUGUAGGUAGUGUAUAUUUCUUAAUCAUAUUUAUUUUGUUGUUAUUAGAAAUAUUUGCUGAUUGUGAUACAUAUUUUCACGGCUAUCGCAACAAAUGGGCCAGUUCUGCGCUAAUCAGGAAACAGUUCGAUUUCUUGGAGAGUAUAAAUAAUAAAUCAAUACUAAUGCACCCAGCCGGUUGAAAUAAAUAAACGAGCAAUAAAUGCUAAUAUAAAAAGGAUUGCAAAAAAAAAACAAAAACACGCAUCGGGUCAAUUAGAAAAAGUGAUACGAAUAAACAACAAAAAGCGGCAACUCGGAAUGCGACAUAACAACAGCAACUACAAAUGAGCCAAUUUAUGAAGGACCUUGACAAGUAUUUCUGUUGCUACAGUAUUUAGUAUUUCCUUUUGUUAUUUUCACAUCACGACUGAUUAUUUAAUAAAAAAAUAGCUUUAACGUAUAUGAGAGCAGAUAUUGGUUACACACACACACAUACACAAAGUAGGUGUGUUGAUUUUUCGCAGCUGGCUUCUGAAAUGUGCACAAUAGGUUAAGAAAAGUCUGUUAAUUGCUGAUUUACAUGGGCAACGGUUUUUGAUAUUUUUAGUGGGAAUGUGCGAUACGAUACCCACCGACUGUAUCAGAGGAAAGGAGUGCGAAAAAAUAAAUGAAAAAAGUGCGAGUGCUUUGGUAUUUGUAAUUGUGAAUCUGGAAAUAACCAGUUUCUUGCUCUUUGAGUAGUGGCAAAGUGAGUGUUGGUAAGUGGAAUAAUACAUAAAUGGAUCCAAGUAAUUGCUUACACGCACUCUUUUUUGCAUGAGAAUCAUCGAUAUCGAUAACUUUGGUUUGAUAGCUGAGAAUAGCAAACUAUUUUGACAUUUCUGUUCAGUAAGGCUUGGAAAGUCAUCAUGAAUUGUUCAACGCCAGAACAACGUUUCCAAAUGGAAAUGUGGAAAUUUAUUUUGAAAAAAAAAAACAAAAAAAACAAAUCUGUUCGCGAAGCUCAUAGAGUGAAGUGUUGAAGAAGAUACCGAAAUGACGAUUCGUUCUCAACUUGUUGGCCUUUGCCCUUCGACUAUGUGGAAAUUUUUACAUAAGGAUUUGGGCUAAGGUGCCUAUAUUCAGGGUCCGGUAGGGUCCAGAGUAUUGUUUACAAGCGCGCGGAAGCAUUUUGCCGAGAGUGAAGGCGAAAAAAGAAAAUCGGUAAUGCAUUUCAAACGUAAUAGUGUGAUUGCAUUAUAUUUGGCUGAUAAAUCACGAACAGCGAUUGUUCGUGAGCUCGAACACCUUAAAGUAAAUAAAGUUUUAAUUUAUCGCACCGUUACUCGUUACAGUGGUACUGGUAGCAUAGCGAAUCGUCAUGGAGGUCGUAAUCAAAAGACUGCAACGUCACGUGAAAUGGUUCAAAAAGCGAAGAAGCGACUUGAGCAAAAUCCCCAACGAAGAGCCAAUCAAAUGGCGAAAGAACUGAAACUAUCUGACUUUAGCAUCAGCCGUAUACUAAAAAAUGAUCUCAAAGUCAAAACUUACGACUUCCAAAAGUCGCAUGAUCUCACACCAAAGCAGCAACAAGUCAGACUUGUGAGAGCGAAGGAGUUGCCUCGCUUGACCGAAAGCGGUCAAUUUCCGAACACUGUGUUUUCUGACGAGACAACUUUUCAAAUUGAGCAAUUCGUAAACUCUCAAAACGAUAGGGUUUAUUUGACCGACCGUACAUACUUGAAUUUGAGUCAUCGAUUGGCCACCAGGAGACAGCGCCCGCCACCGGUAAUGGUUUGGGCACUGUGUCCGCAGAUGGGCGCUCUCCAUUCGUUUUCUUCAAGCCUGGCGUCAAGGUAAAUGCGAAAUAUUAUCGGAAAAGUGUUCUGGAGGUUGCUUUGAAGACGUGGGCAGACAAAAAUUUCGGUGGUAGACCAUGGACGUUUCAACAGGACUUGGCACCGUCUCACAAAGCUCGAGUGAACUAAGAAUGGCUAAAAAACAACGUUCGGAACUUCAUAACGCUCUCAAAUUCACCAGAUACGAAUCCGAUGAAUUAUUCUAUUUGUGCCAUUUUGGAGAGCAAGGUCCGAACUAAAAGAUUCACUAGUCUCGAGGCAGUGAAAAAAGCCAUUGUCCGCGAGUGGGCCAAAAUAACUGCAAGUCACAUUCGGGCAGCUUACCAUUCGUUUCUGGAACGGCUCAAGGCCAUAGUCAAGGCAAAAGGUGGU